AGAAAAUGGGAUUACACGCGAAUUAUAUUUAUAUUUGCUCGUUACCUACCUCUUGUUGGUGUGAUCAUGAGUCUACGCUGCUACGCAGUAUCGUCCUGGCAGUGUUAGUGUUAUUACCAUUAACCUGCAAUAUGGCUCCUGUUAAGAAUCCCAUCAAACAGUGUGUUGCUUAUGGCUACGUAUCGAAUGCCACCCAUAUCAUAGCCUUUGUUUUUACAGAAGGCCUUCCCUACUUAUCUUGCGGACUUAUGCUUUUUGGGAAAGGAAAAAGGCAGUCCUUGUAUGGUUGCUUGUAUCCGGAAUGAUCACUCGUGAAUAACGAAGUCCGAUUUCCUACCCCCCCCAGUAAGCUUUUAACAACUGUCUUCCCCUGUCAAUACAAUCGGCUAUCUGACCCGCUACAGAUAACCCGGGAGAUUGUGUUUUUAUAUCUACCAGAGCCGAUGCUAUUCAAUUUGCAUUUCU